UGCAGGCAGGUGAAGACCCAGCGCCCCGCGUCCCGCCCCCCCGGAGCCGCCCCGCCCCGGGCCCGGCCCCGCCCCGGCGCGGAACAGGACGCGGCCACAUCCGCUUCCCGCGGCCAUCCGCCCGGUCCCGUGCCCGGCGGGAGGGGAGCGGCGGCAGCGGGGGGACCCCGCCGGGCGCCCCGGGCUUUGGGGAGCACCGUGGGGACGCGCACACCCGCACACCCACACGCCCACCCCCGGGCCAGCCGGUGUCGCCGAGCCCCGGGCAGUGCGGCAGCCCCGGCUCGGCGCGCCCCGGGGCGGGGGGAGCGGAGCGGUGCUCGGCGGGGGGUGCACCCCGACCCAUCCUCGUCCUCACCCCCUCCUCGCCCGCCGCACAAGCAGCAUGAGCGCUGGCAAGUCGAAGCGCAUCAAGUUCUCUGAGGAGGAGAAAUUCCUCAUCCUGGAGGAGUUCAGCCUCCGCAAGGACAUCUUGAUCCCCAAGAGUGGCCGGUACAAGAACACGCUGGACCGGCAGCGCGCCUGGGAGGAGAUCGCAGCCGCCGUCAACAACCUCAGCCCCCUGGUCCAGCGCACGCCCGACGAGAUCCGCAAGAAGUGGCACAACAUGGUCCUAGACGCCCGCAGGGAGCUGGCUGUGGAGAAGCAUCCGCUGCUCCGCCAGCGGCCCCAGGAGAGGCUCUUCCACAACAUCUUUGCUCUCUUCAACAAGCCCAGCCCAGGGCUGCCGGACCCGCUGCUCUCAGCCUCAACCUUAAGAGCGAGGACAGACAGCAGCCCCCCCGGGAUGCUGGAGGCCGCCCCGGACUUGCUCCUGCACGGCCAGAGCAGCGCUGCCGCCUCGGGCCACGGGCCAGCUCUGCCUGGUGGGGAGCCCACCAGCCCCCAGCCCCGCAUCAGAAAGCCUCCUUGGUGCAACCGAUGGGGAGCCCGACUCCAAGGAGAACUUGCAUCCUGGCGGGACCCCCGGCCAGCGUGGAAGAGAGACUGACGCCUCCCAGCACAGACCCUGUGGCCCCCAGCCUGCCCGUGGCUGGGGUGCUCCUGGCAGCAGCUCCCUGUCCCACCUCAGUGCAGGGCCAGGGUGCAGCGGGGAUGGCCCCGGUGCCGCCAGCCAGCUCCCCCGAGCCCCCCGUGUCCAUCCGCAUCAAGUCCCCGCCGAGCCCGGUGCUGGCAUCACCGUGCCUCAGCUGCGAUGGCGAGCCCGGCGAUGCAGAGCAGGGGGACAGGCAGCUCCAGCCCCUCGGCCCCGGAGGAGAACGGCCACCCAUCGGCACCGGAGGGGUCCCAGCCCGGCCCAUGGGGCCGUGUCGGCACGGCCGGGGAGCGGUGGGAGAAGCAGAGCCAGCUGCAGACGGAGAUCCUGGAGUUGCAGAAGGAGACUUUGCAGCUGCAGAAGGAGAAGAUCCUGCUGGAGAAGGAGAAGCUCUUCCUGGAAAUCAUCAAACUCCGCAGGGAGCUGGGCACCUGACAGUCCUCUGCAGGCGCUGGGGUGGCCCAGGGCCACGGUCCCCACUGUGGGGACGGGGACAGCCCACUCCUCCGGGAGAUGGGCACCAGCUGCCCGCCUGCAGCCAGGGUCCCGUGGGAUGAGGCCGGGACGGCUGUGCCGUGAGCUGCCAUCUCCCUCCCACCUCCAGAGCCAGGGCUGUGCCCACCGUGGGCUCCCUCCUGCCUGCUGCCUGCCUGGUAGCCCUCGGCCAGCCCGCUGAGAGCCAGCCCCAGCACGGCGUGUCGUCCCGCCACAGGAGCCUCGUCCCGUCAGGCCAGGGGUUUGGAUGGGCAGCACUGGGGGGGUGCUCGUGGUGUGGGCACAGCCACCCUCUGCCAGUUGCCCGUGUCUCCUCCGGCCCCUUCACUCCAUUUCUCUGGGGGCAUUUGUGGGCUCGGAGCUCCCUGAGCAUCUCGGCCGCGGCAACGUGGGGCUCGGGCACCGCUGGUCGCUGCAGGUGGCCAUGUCUGAAUAAAGGUGAUCUCUGCAGGA